CAGACAGUGGUGAAAGCCGAGCCGGCGCCUCACGAGUUUCCACGUAUUCAGUCGCGGGGGACCGCUCCUCCCGCCCCUCCGAGGAGAGCACAUCCGGGUCACUGGCGCAGGUGCCUCAAGCCUCGCCCAUCUCCGCCAACUCUCACCCCACUUCCGGCCACCUCGGGCCUCUUCCGCCGCUUCUCAGCCGGCUUUCUCUCCUCCGUCCGACUCGUCGUCUUGCCCCCUGGGGCCGGCUCGCUCAGCUUCCCUCCGACCCGCACCCGGCGUCCGCUCCUCUCCCCGGAGUCUCUCCGACGCCGGGAGCCGGUCCGCCGCACGUCCCCGCCGUGCGGCCCGAGCCGAGGCCUGCCGAGCGCGACGAGUCUGCGCAGACCGGACGCCGCGUCUCCCCGCCGCCGCCUCGGGAUGCCGCGACCGGGCUCGGCGCAGCGCUGGGCGGCCUCCGUGGGCCGCGGGGGCUGCCGGCUACUCGCGCUGCUGCUGCUGCCGCUGCUGCUGCUGCCGCUGCCGGGGCCCGGCGGCGCCUCCGAGAUCACCUUCGAGCUGCCGGACAACGCCAAGCAGUGCUUCUACGAGGACAUCACGCAGGGCACCAAGUGCACCCUCGAGUUCCAGGUGAUCACUGGCGGUCACUAUGAUGUAGACUGUCGGCUAGAAGAUCCCGACGGCAACGUGUUAUACAAAGAGAUGAAGAAGCAGUAUGAUAGUUUCACGUUCACAGCCUCCAAAAAUGGGACAUACAAGUUUUGCUUCAGCAAUGAAUUUUCUACUUUCACGCACAAAACCGUGUACUUCGAUUUCCAAGUUGGAGAAGACCCACCUUUGUUCCCUAGUGAGAAUCGUGUCAGUGCACUUACCCAGAUGGAAUCUGCCUGUGUGUCAAUUCAUGAAGCUCUGAAGUCUGUCAUCGACUAUCAGACUCACUUCCGUUUGAGAGAAGCCCAAGGCCGGAGCCGAGCAGAGGAUCUAAAUACCAGAGUGGCCUACUGGUCAGUAGGAGAAGCCCUCAUUCUGCUGGUGGUUAGCAUAGGGCAGGUAUUCCUUCUCAAAAGCUUUUUCUCAGAUAAAAGAACCACCACAACCCCGGGGGUGCGGGGUGCGCGGCCCCGCCCAGCGCGUGUUGUGGGUGGGGAGCAGGCCCCGCAGCGCCCCCAGCCUGCACAACGGGCCCCAGACAGAAAGGAGAAGCGCUCCGGGCCCCGUCCGCAGCCUGGAGCCGCCCCGCAGCGCGCUCUCCGCGGACCCGGACCCGGGGAUCAGGGAGCCCCCAGGGCGGGCCAGAAUGAAAAGCAAUGCAGGAAAGUAAAUAAAGCUCACCCCUUCCCCACAUGGAUGUUGAGGAUGGGCGUUGGAAAGUCAAGAAUUCACCCCUGCCCUUUUCCAUGCUUUUGGGGGAAGAGCCCUAGGGCGGAUAGGAACCAGACUCACCUGGAGUCCGGUGGCCAGAGACCUGGAGACAUCUCCCUGUGCAAUGCCACAGUGACCGCAGAAGACGGGCAGGAGGGCCCCGAGGAGAUGCCUAGGGAGGAAGAGGACGAGGACGACGUCUUCCUGAAAUUCGUCAUCCUGCACUCAGAGGAUGACACCCAGGAGGCCCUGCGAGUCCAGCACCUGCUGCAGAGCCGUUUUGGCAUCCAGCCUGGCAUCAUCUUUGCCGAGAUGCCCGGAGGCCGCCAGCACCUGCAGAACCUGGACCACGCCGUCAACGGCUCGGCCUGGACCAUCCUGCUGCUGACCGAGAACUUUCUCCGAGACACCUGGUGCCACUUCCAGUUCCACACGUCCCUCAUGAACUCGGUGAACCGGCAGCACAAGUACAACUCGGUCAUCCCCAUGCGGCCCCUCAACCGACCCCUGCCCCGGGAGCGGACACCCUUCCCGCUGCGCACCAUCAACGCGCUGGAGGAGCAGAGCCAGGGCUUCGCCACGCAGGUGCAGCGCAUCUUCCGGGACUCCGUCUACCAGACCCAGCAGAACAUCUGGAGGGAGACCAGAGGGGCCCCAUCCGGGCCGCCAGCUGUUUGAGGGGGGUG